AUGACGUCCAGAAAUGAUUUAGAUUUGGAACAAAAGGUCAAAUUAAUAAAAGAUAAAGAAAAUGGCAUGUCUGUUCGAGAAUUAAGAGACAAAUUUAAUGUUUCUAUUGGAAGUGUAUCUAAUAUUCUUAAACGAAAAAAUGAAUAUUUGGAUGAUUAUGAAUGUAACAAGAAUAAAAAGAUGAAACGAAAAACAAACAAUGAUCUCAAUCGACUGAUUAAUGACGGAGUGUAUGAAUGGUUCGUCCUCCAAAGAUCAAAAAGAAUUCCAAUAUCCGGUCCAAUUUUGCAGACAUAUGCUCGAAAGAUUGCUGGUGAAUUAGGUGAUACAGGUGCAUUUCGAGCCAGCAAUGGUUGGCUUGAUCGAUUCAAAUCUCGAUACAAUGUUCAGUUCCGGAUGAUAUGUGGUGAAGCAGCAGCUGUAAAUCAUGAUGUAAUUGAAGAUUGGACAUCACGUUUGCCAAUAAUUCUUGAAGGUUAUAAUGAAUGUGAUGUUUACAAUUGCGAUGAAACUGGAUUAUUUUUUAAAUUAAUACCUGAUCGUUCAUUUGUUAUUAGAACAGAUGAUUGCAACGGUGGUAAAUCUUCUCGUCCAAGAUGUUUCAAAGGUCUUGAUGUUAAAAAAUUACCGGUUACAUGGUUUUAUAAUAGAACUGCCUGGAUGAACAGUGUUAUUUUUUCUAAAUGGUUGUAUGAUUUUGACAUCAUGAUGCAAAAACAAAAUCGCAAGAUUUUGUUAUUUUUAGAUAAUGCACCUGUGCAUCCUGUUGACAUUCAAUUAAACAAUAUCACUCUUAAAUUCUUUCCAGCAAAUACGACUGCCAAAGUUCAACCAUUAGAUCAAGGAUCAAUUAGGGCUUUUAAAGCCCAUUAUAGAAAACAAUUGAUACAGCAUAUAAUAGCAAAUGUCAGUUCAGCUUCUUCAGUUGAAGAUAUUAAGAUUAAUGCAUUAGAUGCAAUCUGGUGGAUAGACAGUGCUUGGAAAUCUGUAACUGAAGCAACAAUUCAAGAUACGUUUAAAUCAGCUGGUUUUAAAACUUCUAUUCCUGCUUCAAAUGCAACAUCAACAACAACACCUGAAAAUGAAAAUAUUAUACUCGUUGAUUCAAGUCUUACUGAACUUGGCAAAGCACUUAAACAUAUAACCAUUGGUGGUGAUGUAAUGUCAGCAAGUGACUUCGUGAGCAUUGAUGACGACGUACCAACGUUCAAUAUAUGGGAUGACAACGUCGAGAAGAUAUUAACAACUGAUGGAUUUUCAAGUGAAGAUGUAGCUCCAGAAAACGAUGCAGUGAUUGAAGAACCACCAUCAUUAUUAGAAGCAAUAAAAAUGAUUCAUGGUCUUCAUUUAUUGUCAACAGUUAAAUAUCCUGAAUUACAUUCCCACAUUGUUCAACUUCAAUCGAAGCUUAUGGAUAUAUAUCUCGACGGGAAUAAUUCAAAACAAACAACUCUUUAUGAAUAUUUUCAACGUGUUUAA